UGCCAACCGUCAAGUGUACACAGUAUGUUUACCCUGCCCGAGCUAUAAAGACGUGUCACCCGCUCUCGAGACAUUCUAGUGAAAGGCCUACGAAAAUGCGGGCAAUCUGCAUUUUCGCGAUCUCGUUACUUUCCUUGGCGUUGGCAGAUUCCGAACCUUGGGUAGAAGAAGAAGACGUAGAAGAUUAUAACGAUUAUCACAUCGACAAGCGUGACGUCGAAGGUCCAUAUGAGGAACAUAUUCGAGUAAAGCGAGGACACGAGAGGUCCAAGCGAGCUCCGGUGCCCAUUCAUCAAUAUGAAGUCUAUGAACCGUUUGAUGAAGGGUCCUACCCAGCUCCAUCUUAUCAGGAAAUGUUAGCGGCUAGUGCUGAACACUACCACAGAUAUUUACCCGCAAAUACACGGAUCGCUCGCCAUUUAAAUACGCAAGUAAACCCGGGACCUCUCACGUUUGGAGUUAGUCCAGAUCCCAUAGAAGUUGUUGCAGCACCCGUAAAUCUAUCUCCCGUAGCUAACACCAGACCAAUACAGUUCAGCAAUGAACCGCCAGCAGGCGUAUUGUUCUAUGAACAGAAGGAGGACUUGGCCCCAGCAGCUGGUCACAUUGUAAUAAAGCACAAUCCCCAUGCCUCGGCCCAUAAACAAGGAUUGGGUCAUGCGCAAGAAGCCAGUCACUUCGAUGCACAAGGAGGCAAGGUUGUCAAAGGUUCCAAAACAGACCACUACGUAGACAAAGGUGGCAAAGGACACAAAACUGACGAGCACCAUCGGAAAGAAUAUGAGGAAGCAGCUGGUAAAAAGAAAAAGCACCAUGACCAUGCUGGACAUAAGGGGAGUCAUCAAGAGGAGGCUUUUGGGCAAAGAGGGGCACACUUCGACGAGAAAAAGGGACACAAAAAAGGACACAAAACUAAGGGCUUCCAUAACAAAUAUCAUAAGGACGAAUUCCACAAGGAGCAUAAAUUCUACGACGACUUCCACAAGGGAGGUGAACAUCAUCGGUAUGGUAAAUUCAACGCACGACACGCAACCAACGAAAGUGGAAAGAAAAAAGCCCACCACGUAAACGCAGGCCACGAUUUUGUGGAGAAAGGCAAAAAUGGAUACAGCAAAAAGGGACAUGUGGAUGCUGACCAUCGGGGCCACAAGGGCAAAUCUGGACAUGAUGAACAUCAUUCACAUCACUCGCAGCACGGCAAGAAGGGAGGCAAAGAAGGUGGCUCUCAUUGGGCGUAUGCUAAGAAAGACUAAGAUAAUAUAAAAACUAGUAUUAAGUGAUUUGUACCCUGUACUAAAAAUGCGCUUCUAAUUCGUUCAUUCAGUUUUUGUGACUGUAAUUGUAAUGUUUUGUCUUACGAUGACGUUUGCCUAGUUAUACCUAUAUAUCCAAUGAAAUCAUUAUUGCAUCUACAGAGUGGUCCUUUAGAAACCUGCUUCUAUCGACAAUAUUAAAUAGAAUUAAGCAAUCUUAUUAUUGCGUUGCGAUGGGUAAUGUUUCUAAGGAUGUCAUAAUCGGUUUUAUAUUUCCGUUAUUGAUUUGUCAGUAGGUUACCAUUUAAUACAAGCAAAAAUCAUUAUUGAAAUACAGCUUGCAUGCUUACAGCUAUGUUUAUAAUCCCUUUCGGAUGAUAAACAUAGCUUUAAGCAUAAAAACGUGUUUACUUUAUUGUCUGAAUACUAAUUGUUGUAAUGUUUCUAUAACUUCAAUUGUAAACUAAAGUUAUUUGUAAAAUGGUUAUUAACGGUAACUAGUAAUUGGCGGCAAACGGACAAUGAACCCCUAUCAUAAAAAUAUAUAAGUUUAUAUCACUAAGCCGUGAUUUCAGUUACUAAACAGUAAGCAAAAUACAUAUAUUGUUGUUCGGCAAUAUAUAAAAUAUUAACUUUGACAAUGAUAAUAAUAUCAUUGUCAAAGUUUUCCACUAUCGAAACGUUAUUUGUAUGGCGUUCAACUCCCAGAUUCAAACGAAGUAUAAUUGUUCUGGAUUGGACCAAGUUAUCGCAGACGGUUCGAGAAUAAUUUUUUAUCUACCGUGACCAUGCUUAAACGAAUGUAACUGAAAUGUGUUAGACGCACUAAGCAAAAAUCUUGAAGGGCUUCAACGCAUUAGGAAAAGCAAUGUCUUAACGGAACCUGAUAAAGUGGAGUCUAUUAUAGUCAUUCUACACACACUUAAUAAUCAGAUGAAUAGAAAAAUACCUAGCCUUGAUAGUAGUACCGCGCGUAUGCCUUCAACAAUUUCUACAAUAAUUUAUUUGGAGCAAAACGUUGCGUCGGUUGAUUACAAUUGGUUGGCAGUGUCUCCUUCACAAUUAAGUGACAAAAUUCCUUUCUCUACUGUACUUCUCUCGCUAUUACGCCUAGUGUUCAGUCCCCUGAAACGUGCUGUAUUGAAAUGUAAAAUACAGCCGUAUUUCCUAAUCUAAUUAAAAAUUGUCUAAGUAAGUACUUAUUGUAUUGGUCACACAAGCAUAAUGGCGGCUGUACUCGCAUCGCAAGUUAAAGGUUUCAACGAGUAAAGCCACCAACAUUUGUAAGUAUUAUUAGAUAAUAGAUUAGAUAACGGGUUUUAUAUUUUUGAUAUUGUCAUAAAAACGUUCCUAUUUA